GAGCUUGGCGCCGGCGAGCAACAUGGCGGCGGCCGCGCUCCGGCUGUGGUGGCUCUUGGUGGUGGCGGCGGCCGGGGCUGAGGGGGGACCCCGCACCCUGGUGCUGCUGGAGAACGGCAACCUGCGGGACACGCACUCGCUCUUCUUCCGCAGCCUGGCGGACAGGGGCUUCGAUCUCACUUUCCGCACAGCGGAUGAUGCUGGCCUGUCCCUGAUAAAAUACGGAGAAUUUUUGUAUGACAACUUGAUCAUCUUUUCACCGUCCAUAGAAGAUUUUGGUGGAAACAUCAACGUGGAAACCAUUACCGCUUUCAUCGAUGGCGGUGGCAGCGUCCUCGUCGCUGCCAGCUCAGACAUCGGCGACCCACUGCGAGAGCUGGGAAGCGAGUGCGGGAUCGAGUUUGAUGAGGAAAGGACGGCUGUCAUCGACCAUCACAACUACGAUAUAUCUGACCCCGGCCAGCACACGCUCAUAGUCGCAGACACUGAAAAUCUCCUGAAGGCUCCCACCAUCGUGGGGAAAACGACACUGAACCCCAUCCUUUUCCGAGGAGUCGGGAUGGUGGCUGAUCCCGACAACCCGCUGGUGCUGGAUAUCCUGACCGGCUCUUCUACCUCCUACUCCUUCUUCCCGGAUAAGCCUAUCACUCAGUACCCGCACGCGGUGGGGAAGAACACCCUUCUGAUUGCAGGACUCCAGGCUCGGAACAAUGCCCGCGUUGUUUUCAGCGGUUCCUUGGAUUUCUUUAGCGAUGCCUUUUUCAAUUCCGCUGUGCAGAAAGCCGCUCCUGGCUCCAAGAGAUACUCGCAGACGGGUAAUUACGAGCUGGCUGUUGCCUUGUCCCGCUGGGUGUUCAAGGAAGAGGGAGUGCUGCGCGUCGGAGCGGUGUCCCACCACCGCGUGGGGGAACUUGCGCCUCCCAACGCCUACACCGUCACCGACCUCGUGGAGUACAGCAUUGUCAUUGAAAAGCUUUCUGACGGCAAGUGGGUACCCUUCGAUGGAGACGAUAUUCAGCUGGAGUUCGUCCGCAUCGAUCCCUUCGUGCGCACCUUCCUGAAGCGGAACGGCGGCAAAUACAGCGUGCAGUUCAAGCUGCCGGACGUCUACGGCGUGUUUCAGUUUAAAGUGGAUUAUAACCGGCUGGGUUACACCCACCUCUACUCCUCCACCCAGGUGUCUGUCCGUCCCCUCCAGCACACGCAGUACGAACGUUUUAUCCCCUCGGCGUACCCAUACUACGCCGGCGCCUUCUCCAUGAUGGUUGGCCUCUUCAUGUUCAGCAUCGUCUUCCUGCACAUGAAGGAGAAGGAGAAAUCCGACUGAGCUCCCUGCCGGAGGAAGGAAGAGCUUGUUCUGCGGGGACGGGCGGCACUCGGGACCCUCGUUUGUAACAGCGUGAGGACUGGUAGGUGCCAGAGACGCCAUGGAUUUGAGUUUGGUCUUUUUUUAUUUUUAUACGUUGAAGGGACUAAUAGGAUGGAAAAUUGAAUUUUUUGGGGGAAAUCUGUCACCGUGGAACUGUGACACCUCUGGAGUGGUUCCGUGAUGAACGUUUGUCUCUCCCCGCUGUUGGAAUGAUUUGGGUUCGAGAUUAAUUUGCUUUUCAAAAUAAAGUCUCGUUCUUCUCGA